GAUUCCGCGGUUAGAGCAGAAGAACUACCCAGAUUUAAGGCAAACAGAAAUUGUUACCAGUCAUAAACACAGGUUUUUGUUCAAUAAUUAGACAAGCUAGUACUACAGCAAUUCAUACGCAGGAAACACAAACGAAGAGAAGACUUUUUUUUUUUUUUUAUAUUCUUUUUCUUGUUAAGCGGCUUUGUUUUCCACGACGCCAAAUUUCUCCGAAUCUCAUAACAUUAUGACAUAUCUGUUUGUCUUCUUCUUCUUGUGCUUUGCUUCCCGUUCGUUGUUCUCGUGCAGCUGACUGUACGAGGAGAAGAGGGAUUUAUUUUCUUCUUCUUCUUCUGCUUCUGCUUUUAACUUUACUGGGUUUUUCUCUUCACAUUCCGGACAUAGCAAUGGCAGAAUACGUUUAUUUCCUCAACAAGGAUGCUCUAAUUAUAAAGCCUGCGAAGAAAUCUCCAUUGUUCUUAAGGAUGAUGGCUUUACUAUUUGCGAUGGUUUGUGGCGUUUUAAUCUGCUCAAUCCGGUUAAAGCAUAUGAGCACUGGCACCAAAUUUAAAUACCAAAACAUCCUAGUCAUAGGGAGACCUUAUACUGAUAAUGACAUUAAACAAUCAGAGAUUCCUGGCGACAAUGGCACCAAACAGUUAGAAGUUCCUCAAUUGCAUUACCCACAACCCCAGACUUUUAGCAGAGCUGAAUGCAAACAUAAUCCUGUAAGAUUGUUUGCCAUAAUAUCAAUGCAAAGAUCAGGAAGUGGAUGGUUUGAGACCUUGUUAAAUAGUCAUAUUAAUGUGAGCUCAAAUGGGGAGAUUUUCUCCAAAUUGGAUCGGAGGAGAAAUAUUUCUUCAAUUAUAAGUACUCUUGAUAAAGUUUACAACUUGGAUUGGUUAACUAGUGCUUCCAAGAAUGAGUGUUCUGCAGCAGUUGGCUUUAAGUGGAUGCUCAAUCAGGGGUUGAUGGAGCACCAUAGAGAAAUAGUAGAAUACUUCAAUCAUAAAGGUGUGUCUGCAAUAUUUCUCUUUCGACGAAAUCUGUUGCGUCGGAUGGUUUCUGUACUUGCAAAUUCCUAUGACCGCUAUGCUAAGCUAUUGAAUGGAACCCACAAGUCUCAUGUGCAUUCAUCCCAAGAGGCCGAGACACUUUCAAGCUAUAUGCCUACCAUCAAUUCCACAUCAUUGAUGAUAGAUCUGAAGGAAGUGGAGGUGACAGCAACCCAGGCUUUAGAAUACUUCAAUAGUACUCACCAUAUUGUUCUAUAUUAUGAGGAUCUCAUUAAGAAUCCCACGAAAGUAAAAGAUGUUCUCGAGUUUCUGAGGCUCCCGCAGAUGGAACUAACAAGCCGUCAGGUUAAAAUUCACAAAGGCUCAUUGUCAGAACAUAUACAGAACUGGGAUGAAGUCAACAGAACACUCCAUGGCACGGUGUAUGAGAAUUUUCUGAAUGCUGACUAUUAAAGAUGACUGCUCUGCUAACUUGUGAAACGGUGUGAAUACCAACUUCAACUGAUUUUAGUUAGAGACAGGAUAACCCCCCCGUUGAAUUUUUGGCUUCCACUCUAUAUCUCUGGCUUUCUCAAUCCCUUGUUGAGUAUGUCUUUGGUCCUUAUUGAUCAUAGAAACACCAUGUAAAUGUCAGGUAAUCAAAAUAAUUAUAAUAGCAAGUAAUGCUCUUAUUUUA